AAUUUAAACCAUAUGUGUAUGAUUAAACGCUCAUACCAAAUUGAAGAUUUUACUCAUGUAUUUCGUAAUUUUAAAAAUGGAUAAAGAUAGCAUGCUCGAAAUUAUUGUGCUACUUUACCUAAGCAAUGCUGUUCAUUUGUAUGCUGCCAUUGAUGGAAAUGCGAUUUGUUUCGAUGAUAAGAAUAAUACGAAGUGUUGCAUGAACUAUGUUUAUAAAUCUGAGGAGGACCGAUGCAUAGAAUGUGUUGGAGGACUUGGAGAGGAUUGUUCAGAGCCCUGUCCAGACGGAUUCUACGGAGAUUCCUGUAGGAGGAAAUGUAACUGUUCUUAUAAUACGUGUCACCAGGUUUGGGGUUGUCUCGGAGGUACAUGGAGUAACAAGGAUGGUGUCUGUUACGACAAGUGGAUAGGUCUUUUCUGCUGUGCAAACUACAUGUACGUAGAAUCUGAGCACAGAUGCCAAGAAUGUGUAGGAUGGUUUGGUGCUAAUUGCAGUAGUAAAUGUCCUGAUGGGUUUUACGGAAAACAGUGUAUCGAGAAGUGUUCCUGUGAGGCUAGACAUUGUGAUAAAGUGUUGGGCUGUCUGUCUGAUACAUCGGUUGUACAGUCAAAUGAGAGACGCAAACUAGAGAGGGCUUUUCCAUAUGCCUUAUCCGCCUUGCUUUCUGUCGUAGUUUUAUUGGUUUUAAUAGCUCUAGGAAUGGCUUACAGGUUGAAAAGAAAACACAUUGAAAUUUCAAAAGCCAGCAAUUCUACACAAGAUGACAACGGACAGAGAGGUACAGGUACCUCAGAUGUAUAUGCCACUGUGUUACAUCCAAUCAAGAAACCUCUUCGGGGUAUACAACAAAACGAUAUGACCUAUGAUAAUACACUGAUUCCUGAAACAUCAAACCAAGAAUAUGGAAGAUCGAAUACUUUGCAAAGUAGCACUUCCUUCAUUUAUAAAGAAAAACAAACGCUUCGAGACCUCAACACCCCAUACAGCAUGUGUAUAGGACUAGAAGACGACUACAAUGAUACCGUUUGCAUUCCUUCAUCCUCAGACUCGCAAAGAGAAAACAUUGGCAUCCAGAGCAGCUCAGUGGAUAGCUAUGACGUCACAUUGUAUGAUGACAUAGACAUUGAGGGAGACUGUGUUGAUCAGAGAGAGACAUAUGGAACUGAAAACCAGUUACAUCAUACCAUUGACGCAUGGAACGCCAUAGGCAAACAGGACAGCAAUCAAGAAACAGCUAGAAGAAAAGGAAAAUUAAACGUAUUCUCAGGUGCCUUGCUAAAACGUUUUCGAAGAGCAGCGUCUUCUGAUGACGAUGGCGAAGAAGCUAAGGAUCCGAACGAAAGCAGUCUGGAGUCACCUAAAAGACGAGGAAAGUUAAAUGUUUAUGUUGACGCAUUACUAAAACGUGUGCGGAGAGCUCCUCCUCACAAUGACGAAGAUCCUAAUAAACCUACAGAGGAUUAUUUUGCUAUGAGGAUGUCCAUGGCUCCACCAAAAGAUAACGUUCAUCACUUUACAGGUUGCGACGAAGAAGAUGAGGAUGACAUUGAAGAAGAAGAAGAUAUAUCUUCGAUGGAUAGGCCACCAGAACAGAAUGGGUGUAUCCCCAAGGAUCUUCUUUAUAGGAACUUGCAGCAGACACUUCUACUUCUCGGUUGUUACCAAAUUAGCAGUGAGACCAAUAUGAAUAUGAAUGACACAGGGCUCUGUAUUACCAAAAAGAAAGCAGAAUGCUGUACAAAUUACAAAUUAAUCAGCGGCAAGUGUAUACAUUGCCUUGGAUCCUUUGGAAAAAACUGCACACAGCCGUGUCCAUAUGAAUAUUAUGGUUAUGGAUGUUCGAAGAAAUGCAAAUGUACAUGGAACAAGUUCUGUGAUCCAAAACAAGGAUGUCAAACUGUAUAUAAUACAAUGAUUCCAGCUGUAACCGGGGGAGUUGUUUUGACUGUUGUGCUUUACAGCUUGUCUCUCGUGUUAUACUCCAAAUCCAAAGCAUACACAUUUACAACAAUGAUUUAUGACAACAUUACACAACUUAAGAAACUUGACCAUUCUUCAAAGACCUUUAAGAGAGGAUAUGAGGAACCAGACAAUAACUUGAAUGAGUACUCCCAGGCUAAUAUUUCACAAUCUGGGGAGGCAUAUGAUAGGACUCAUUGCUUUAAAGAUGGAGGGAUACUAGGUGGCGAUGUGAAUAAUACAAAGUGUUGCACAAACUACUUAUAUAAUGCUGAGGAGGACCAAUGUAUAGAAUGUGUCGGAAGAUUUGGAGAAAACUGUUCAGAGCCCUGUCCUCAUGGGUAUUAUGGAGCUUCCUGUAAGAGUCAAUGUAACUGUUCUAGUGAAACGUGUCAUAAAAUCUGGGGCUGUUUAGAAGAGUGUGUAGGACGGUUCGGUAUUAACUGCAGUAGGGAAUGUCCACGUGGAUAUUACGGGAGACAAUGUAAUGAGAAGUGCUCCUGUGAUGCUAUCCAUUGUGAUAACGUUCGGGGCUGUCUAUUGCCUACAACGGUGGUACAGAAAAACGAGAGACGCGAGCUAGAGAAGCAUUUUCCAGUUGUAUUAUUCACCUCGCUUUCGGCAGCAGUUUUGUUGGUUUUGAUAGUUCUAGGCAUUGCUUACAGGUUUAAGAACAAACACAUUGAAAUUCCAAAUGCCAACAAUUCAACACAAGAUGACAACGAAGCGACAGGUUACUCAGAUAUAUAUGCCGCUGUAAUACGUCCAAAAAGGAAACCUGUUAGGGGUAUACAGCAAAACGAUAUGACGUAUGAUAAUACAUUGAUUCCCGAAACAUCUAAUCAAGAAUAUGGAGGAUCGAAUACUUUGCAAAGUAGCUGUUCCUUUAUUUAUAAAGAAAAACAAACGCUUCGAGACCUCAACUCCCCAUACAGUGUGUGUAUAGGGCUAGAAGACGCGUACGGUGACACUGUUUGCAUUCCUUCAUCCUCAGACUCGCAAAGAGAAAACGUUGGCAUCGACCACAGCUCAGUGGAUAGCUAUGACGUCACAGUGUACGAUGACAUAGAUAUUGAGGGAGACGGUGUUGAUCAGACAGAGAGAUAUGAAACUGAAAACCAGAUACAUCAUAACAUUGACGCAUGA